AUGACGACCUACGAAAAAGCUGAUCCUCAGUUCGUUGAGGUAAACAGUACGCGCUUUGCGUACCUUCGAUUCGGUUCGACGGAUAAGACUCAGGUGCCUCUGGUGUUCCUACAGCACUUCCGAGGCACCUUCGACCACUGGGACCCAGAACUGAUUAAUCCCAUCGCCGCCAUCCGACCCGUUAUUCUUAUCGAUAACUCGGGGGUUGGCAAGAGCAGCGUUCACAAGCUCAUCCUUGCUGGCACUGGACCCAGUGCCGGGGAUGGCGUCGAAGCUAGUGACCCCCUAGCAACGCAGCGCUUAGCUACAGCGUCCAACGAGCAACAGUCCCACGAUGCGUUUUUAUCCGCUUUCUACACCCUGUCAGAGAGGAAGCAGGCUCUCGGCGACCGCUGGUGGAGACGCAUGACCAUGGCCCGCUCAAACCGCUCUGACUAUGUGGACCCUGAAGGCACCCAGACUCAGAUCGGUGCAGUCGUCCGCUGGGCGAACCGUGACUUUGCCUUCGAAGGAUCAUACGACCGCCUACAGGAGCUCCAGAUUCCUGUCCUCAUUGCUAAUGGUGACAAUGACAUCAUUAUCCCCACAAAUAACAGCUGGAUCAUGUUCAAGAAGCUGGUCAAUUCCAAUGCUCACCUGCACUUGUUCCCGGAUGUCGGACACGGGUUCUUGAACGAGUAUGCCGAUCAGUUCUCUAAGCUGAUUAACAUCUUUUUGGAAUCUUGA